GUAACAGUUUUGACAAAGCCCUCUUUGAAAAAUCCCCCAAAUAUAAAUAUGUAUCCACAUGCGCAGGCCGCUCACUAGGGCUCUGCCACUUUUACUCAUUCUUUACCCUUUUCAUUUGUUCGGCACUCCUCCGACAUUAGUUAGGCCGCCGGCCACCGCCGUCUCCGGCUUCAGAUUCGCCGAUUGUUUUAAUUCAGUCAAGACUGAUUUUCGCCUCGCAUGUUCGCCGCUGUCUGAAUUAUUUUUCCCGUAAUUGGUUGCGAUGUAUUCUCGAGGGAACAAUCCCUACGGCCAACAGCAACCCUACUCAUCACAAUCUUCGUACGCCGCUCAAAACUUGGGUGCUUCAGCAAUUCUAGGAGGGCGUCCGCAAGAAUCGGAAUUUGGUGGGCUCAGGGCUCAUGGUCAUGUACAGGGGCAUCCCUCGGCCACUGCGGCUGUUGCAGGGUCGCCGCAGCAGCCACAUUAUGGUGGGCAGUACAAUUCGGUCUAUGGUUCUGCGGCGCAGCAGAUUUCUCCAAUGGGCAAAGGAUCUGUUGGCCCGGCCUUAGAGAGCCGAGGUAAUUAUGGAUCAUCCAUCCCAGACUCACCUAAAUUUGGCACUGAUUAUGUCCCAUCAUCAAGCCGUGGCUAUGGCCAGAAAGUUGAUCAGUUCCUAUCCGAAUAUCCAUCAAUUGAAAGGCGCCAGUAUGCAGCUGAACGGCAUAGUGCAUAUCUGGGGACAGAUUUGCCUAGUGAAACCCUCAGUAGAUAUGUUGAUCCUGUUUCUUUUGGCAAUGAACAUCAGUCUAAGAUGUACGAUCACGUGGAACAAGCAACAAUGCUUAGGCAAGAACAGGUGCUAAAGGCUCGUGGACUACAAUCUGCUUCCGUUGAAGGAGGAACUAGACAAGCGGAUUAUCUUGCAGCGAGGGCCACUGUUCGUCAUCCUGGCCAAGAUCCCAUUUCCUACGGUGGGAGGAUUGACCCCGAAUCACGUGAUUUUUCGAUGGCAAGCUCGUAUGGUGGACAGCAGACUGCUUCAAUUUUGGGUGCAGCUCCUCGGGUAAUUGCAGAUGAUAUCAUUUAUGGUCAAAGCUCCUCAAAUCCUGGCUAUGGAGUGAGCUUGCCUCCCGGUAGGGACUAUGGAGCCGGGAAGGGACUUCAUCGCUCACCGCUUGAACCAGAUUAUCCUAGUAGUGCAUUGGGACGUGCAAAUUAUCACAGACUUGAUGAUCGAAAUGAUGAUAGGGGCAUAUAUGGCCGGGAGCUGGAAUUAAGGGAGAAGGACAGGGAUUUUAUGCGCGAGCGAGAAAAGGAUAGAGAACGAGAGAAGGAACGACUACGAGAUCGUGAACGAGAACGCGAAAGAGAGCGCGACAGGGAACGCGAUAGAGAGCGUCAGAGGGAGCGCGAUAGAGAACGUGAAAGGGAGCGCGAAAGAGAACGUGAAAGAGAUAGGGAGCGAAGGGACAAGGAGAAAGACCGGCUGCACAAACGUGGAUUUGAAUUGAGGCGCGAACCUACUCCUUCUAGGGUCUCCAGGGACCGUCGAGGUCCUUCUCUUACAAAGGAUGCCAGAUCUCAGCGGCGGGAAUCCCCACGUCGUGAAGUGCUGAAUAGGCCUCAUUCUCCUGUUAAAGAAAAGAGGAGAGAAUAUUCCUGCAAGGUUUUCUCAUUUAGCUUUAUUGAACCUGAGAGGGAUUAUUUAUCAUUGGACAAACGAUACCCACGACUAUAUAUAUCUCCAGAAUGCUCCAAGGUACUUGUACAUUGGCCUAAGCAAAAUCUGCAGCUCCCUUUUUCUACUCCUGUGAGCUUUGAGCAUGACUUUGUUGAAGAUGAGAGUCGUGUGGUGAAGAAAGAACCACUUUCCCCACAGCUGAUUACUGACAUGGCAAAUGAAGGAGGCCGAACUACUACCUGGAAUGCCAAGAUUAUUUUGAUGAGUGGUCUUAGCCAAAAUGCUCAGGCAGAGCUGUCAUCUGAAAAGACCCAAGGCGACCGCAUUCCCCAUUUGUGCAAUAUGCUUAGAUUUGCUGUUCUGAAAAAGAACAGUUCUUUGAUGGCAAUUGGGGGGGCAUGGGAUACAGUUGAUGGAGGGGAUCCAUCAGUUGAUGACACCUCUUUAAUACGAACAGCGCUGAGGUAUGCAAAGGAUGUGGCAAAUCUUGAUCUGAGUAACUGUCAGCGCUGGAACCGUUUCCUGGAGAUUCAUUACGAGAGAGUUGGAAAGGAUGGGCUCUCCGGCCACAGAGAAGUGACUGUAUUGUAUGUUCCAGAUAUUUCUGACUGUCUUCCUUCCCUAGAGUUGUGGCGUGAUCAGUGGAUUAAUCACAAAAAGGCUGUUGCUGAAAGAGAUCGACAGCUAAAUUUGAAGAAAGAGAAAUCUGGACAAAAGGAUGAUGUAGCAAAAGAUAAAAAGAAAGCUGAGCUUGUGAAAACUGGCACAAAAAAAGUUGGGGUGCAGAAAAAGGAAGAGCCCUCGUCUACAGGACAUGCUGGCAAUGAUAACCCGAAGGCUAAAGAUACUGAAAAACCAAAAGGUGAAGAAAAGUUGGUUCCCCAAGAGGGGAAGGACAAAGAGAAACCAGUUGAAAAUACAGAUGUAGUUGGAAGCACUGAGGAUGUGAAAACUGACACCGGGGCAGGUACAAGUGACCAGAAGGCAGCAGGUGCUAAGACUGGAAAGAAGAAAAUUAUAAAAAGGAUUGUCAAGAAAAAAGUUGCUACCAAGAAGCAGAGUACAGAAGAUCCUUCUAAGCAGAAUGAUGUACCAGACAAAGAGGAUGCAGGAGGUAAGAGCAUUAUAUCAGACGUUGAUGGGCAAAAGGAUGGGCUAUCAUCUGAUCCUCCCGCUAUCAAAACAUUUAUAAGGAAAAAAAUUGUAAAAAAGCCUACAGAUACUGUCCUGGAAAAGGGUGAAGGCACAACUCCAGAGGUGAAGGCUGCCAAUGAAUCUGAGGUUGCUGAGGACAAUGCAAAGGUUAAAUUAGAAGCAGGAACUAGUCAAGUGAUGGAAGGGAGUGUCAAGAAAAAAACUGUAAAGCGGAAAGUAAUAAAAAGGGUUCCGAAGAAAAAGGCUGUCCCAUCAUCUGAUGCUAACAAUAAGGUGGCCGAGGAUGAUGCUAAAAAGGUUAUGCAACCUGAAGAAAUUAAGGGGGAGCAGGGUGAAAAAGCAGAUGAAAACCAAAAGAACGAUGUCAUAACCAAAGAUAAUAACAGUCCCAGUAUAAAACCAACUGUUUCUUCUGAGAAGCAACACCAGCAGGUAGAGAAGAAGGGAGACAGUAAAGACUUAUCUGGGUCUACAGUGGAGGCCACUAGCGUCCAUCAGAAAGUGUCUCAAAGUGACGAUGCUACAAAAUCAAAUGGAAAGCAAGAGCAGAAGGAUGACAAAGACAGAAAAGAUAAUAUUGAGAAAAAGGAAUCUAAUAACAAAGCUAAUAAAGUGGUAAAAGAAAAAAUGAAGAUUGAUGAAUUACCUCGGCAUCCAGGGGUGCUUCUUCAGACAAAAGGGAGCAAGGAUUCAAAACUCCGGUCGGUGUCACUUUCUCUUGAUUCGCUCCUGGAUUACAGUAAUAAGGAUCUUGAAGAAUCAAAUUUUGAGUUAUCAGUGUUUGCGGAAUCCUUUUAUGAGAUGCUUCAAUAUGAAAUGGGCUGCCGGCUUUGGACUUUCCUACAGAAGUUGCGGAUUAAAUUUGUCAUGAAGAGAAAGCAAGGCAAGAGAGAGAGACAAGAAACUUCUAAGAAGGAAAAUGAGGAGAGCUCAGCAAGUAAGCGUGCUAAAACAAUUAAGGAUAUUGAAGACAUCAAACCAAUCAAAAUUGAGAGUAAAGAUGAUACUUGCCAAGAGGACAGCAAUAUUGUUAAGGAAGAGGCUACUGCUAUCCAAAAGGUUGAUGAUCCUAAGGUUGAAGCUGAAAGUGAGGAGGAAGAUCCCGAGGAAGACCCUGAGGAGGAUGUAGUAAUGCAGGAUGCAAACCAGCAUCAUGAUCCUCCGGAGGAGAAACUUCCUAAAGCAGAGAUGAUGGACAAUGAUGCUGUAGGUGUAAAUGCUCAGAAUGAACAGAAUAAAACACAAGAAACUACAGAGCAAACUCCUGAGACACCUAUUAAUCACGACAUAAGCAAUAAAAACAAGGUUGUAAAGGUGGAAUCAGAGACAAAAGGAACGAAGGUUGCUAUUGACAAAGAGCUGCUGCAGGCUUUCAGGUUUUUUGAUCGAAAUCGUGUAGGACACAUUAGGGUUGAAGAUUUGAGGGUAAUUAUCCAUAACUUAGGGAAGUUCCUUUCGAACCGGGAUGUCAAGGAACUAGUGCAAAGUGCGCUGUUGGAGAGCAAUACAGGUCGGGACGACAGGAUUCUGUAUGAGAAGUUGGUGAAGAUAUCUGGUCUUUGAAUUAUUCUUGGUUUCAUAUGUUGGGCAGCUUGUUAGAUGUUCUUAGUUUCAGAAUUUCUUGUUACCUUGGAAACGUUUUUAUUUGCGGUUAAUACCAUCAGUAACUACAUUGCAUAUAUACUGCCUAAAAAGCUCCCGCAAAAUAAACUUUAGACAUUUAUUGGAGUGAAAUAACCUUAAAAAUAGAAUUCAUGUGACUAUAAUUGGAGUUCAAGAUAUUCAAGUUAUUCCACUAUUCCAUUUUC